AUGGAGCUCAUUAAUAAUAACACUGAUAAUAUACCCGAACCAGUGGCCUGGGAUAAUACUCAGCAUGCUCAAAUUAAUACAUCUUUAACCCAAAAAGUAAACGCUGAACUUUUGUCUCCGAGAGAACAUAAUCGAUUAUUUGACGAUCAACAAUAUAUUGAUAACAUUAGUAAUCUAAAUAUAAUUGAUGAUGGAAAUAACACGGGUAUAAUGAAUAUUGAAAAUAAUAUUAGCACCAAUGAAUCGACUACAGCAGUAAUACCUAUCUCACAAGAAAAUGUCAUCGAGAUCACGAUGGACCAACGGUCAGAUAGUGCGCAUUUCGAAUCACCUGAAACUAACAUUGAUAUUAGAUGCUUUUAUUAUGGCACGGACUAUUUUGAAGAAAAUCAAACUGAUGAUAUUUUUCCUCAUUAUUAUCAACCCACUGAUCAACAAUUUAAUCUAUUUGGCUAA